CUGCUUUUUCCACUUCAGGUAGGAAAAAGGGUGAGGGAGCUCCCGUUUUCCCGGGUCUAGCUCAAGCAAGUGGAUGUUGGCUUUGGUGAUCGCUGUGGGAAUUGCCAAGAAAGCCCCCAGAUGAACAGGCUACUCUGCUGACCGGCUGUUCGUAGGGAGCUGGACUACGAAAGGGGGGAUACAUGCUGAUAUUUCUGAAACCCAGGAAUAAAAAAAGAACGGCAGGGAAAAUGCCGGGAUCAAAUACAGCCAUCCGUCAGGAAAGGAUGAAGAAACCAGGGACCAGGCCCACACCUCCAGUCUUAUUUACCAUCAGUGAAGAAGAUGAGCUACAAAAGAAUGGAACUGACAGGAAGGCAAAAGAAUCCGAUGAUUCUCAGGUCAAGGUUCAGGAGAAGAAGGCCGCUUCGAGCCAUCCUCACUCUCAAGGACCGCUGUCAAAUGUUGGAUCCAGAUCAGAGCCUCAUAUUACUAUGAAAGUUGACGAGAGACAACGGCUUGCUCGAGAACGCAGAGAAGAACGAGAGAAAUUAAUAGCUGCCAGAGAGUCGCUGUGGUUAGAGAAGGAGGCCAGGGCUCGCCAGCACUAUGAGAAACAUCUAGAAGAACGCAAGAAGAAGCUGGAGGAACAGAGAAUAAAAGAAGAACGGCGGCGAGCUGCUGUUGAUGAAAAACGAAAGAUGAGAUUGGAAGAAGAGAAAGAACGCCAUGAAGCCGUUGUGAGACGCACAAUGGAAAGGGGCCAAAAGCCAAAACAAAAGAACAGCCGUUGGUCAUGGGGUGGAGCAUUGCAGAGUCACACUAACAUUAGCAGCUCAGAUCCGGACAGGAGAUCGGUUUCAACAAUGAACCUCUCGAAACAUGUUGAUCCAGUAAUUAACAAGAGACUUUCAACGUCAUCUGCAACAUUACUUAAUUCACCUGACAGAGGUCGGAGGCCACCGCUCAGUCCAUGGGAGAGCAGUGUUGUUAGCAGACUACUGACGCCCACUCACUCAUACCUGGCAAGAAGUAAAAGCAUUGCCGCUCUGUCUGGAGAUGCAGUUAUCCCAAUUUGUCCUCGUUCAGCAUCUUGCAGCCCCAUCAGCCCUCAGCCCUUCAAGAGUGCAAACACUAAGAGUUUAGAAAGGCCAAAGGUUUUUGUUACAACUCCUGAAGCCAUAUCCCGGAGGAAAACCACACACUUUGCGGGUUCCGUCAGCUUGGAGAAAAAGGAAAUGCAGCGAGAAAAUGUGCUACUGACACCUACUCCAAAUAUUAAAAGGACCACUUCUCCUACCAUUCCCAAAUGGAAAUCACCAGCUGCAGGGCUACAGCACAAAUCACCAGCCCCUCUGUCUAGCACCAUGAAGCCAGCAGCAUCACCUAGCACCAUUAUGAAAGCAGUAACUUAUACUCAACGCCCGCCCUCUCCUGGAAAUGUUCGACCAAUCAAAAAAGAGACCAAAGACGACAGUAAGAGAAAAUCUGAGGCACAGAACUCUAGUGAAGCUCCUGAAAGAGUAGUGGUUGCAGAGCCAGAGGUGCCAGCUGAUGCAGUCACUGCUGAAGAAAGGCCUUCUGUUAUAAACCUAGCCACGUGUGAAACUGUGUCAGGUUCUCCGGUGUUGCCAUCCACACCAGUCUCGCCAUCACCGACUGUGACUGGCAAGCCUUUUGCUGGGACCAACAAUCCAGAAGAAGCAACUCGCAUACUGGCUGAGAAAAGACGGCUUGCCCGGGAACAGAGGGAACGCGAAGAGCAAGAAAAGAGAGAGAGAGAAGAGGAGGAACGGAAGAAAAAGGAGGAACUAGCAAAAAGGAAAGCUGAAGAGAGGGCUCGCCGAGAGGAAGAGGCCCAAAGGCAAGAGGCUGAGCGAAAGCAGAGAGAGGAAGAGGAAUGCCAGCAAAAAGAAAAGAUGCUACAGCAGCUGGCACAGGAGAAAGAGCAAAAAGAGAAGGAAGAAGCAGAACGCCUGCAGAAACAGAAAGAAGAAGCUGAACGUAUUCGAAUAGAGCGAGAAAAGCAUUUCCAGAAAGAGGAGCAGGAGCGUUCAGAGAGGAAGAAGAGGCUUGAGGAGAUCAUGAAGAGAACAAGGCGCAGUGAAGGUGGUGAAAAGCAGGCAAAUGUACAGCGGAAUGGAGAAAUCGUGAAGUCUACUGAAAGCACAGGAAUCCCACCAUCGCCCUUAUCAGAGCAACAGGAGCCUGUAUCACACCAAAACCCAAUAGAAACCGCUCACAAUGGCGAGUCGCCUAGGGUUAUUGCAUAUCCACAGGCUGGUACCAUGGACAGCAUGGAGAAGCAGGCAAAUGAAAACGGUUUAUUCAGCCCUAACAACAACUUUGAGGAGAUCAUAAACUUGCCAGUGGGAACAAGGGCAAUCAAACUUGACUGUUUAAACAAUGAAGGUACCAACAUGAAAGAAAUUCCUCUGAAUCCCAAACUAGCUUUUGAAGAACAGACCACCCUCGUCUCUGUGCCUCAAGUGGAUAACGUACAAACACCACAGACAACAGAGGUUAUCUAAAGGAUCUAAAGAGCAAAGUUUGGGGAUAAAAGUAUAUUUAAACCCCAUGGAUUUAUUCCAAAUACAGCACAAAGGAAGCAACUGGCGAUCAGGGACAACUGGAGCAGUUUCAGAUGUAUUUUUGUCUGACCAGCCGCACGAUCACAAACAUGGUGUAAUGGUGAUUCUUACUGUGCAAAACAUAAAAAGUUGGUUUGUUUCUUUUGCUCACAGAAAUGCUCGUAGCAAAAUCAUAAUUUUACGAAGUUUUUUUUACCUAAAGCAUAGAGAAAAACAUGCAAUUUGAAACAUCAAAAUGGUGUGGAAUCUUUUAUCAGAACUGUCCAUAAUUGUUUAACCACCCAAUAAUCAUUAAUACUGUAUAUGUUUAAUACUUGAAAAUAUACCUCCUUAGUCCUACAUUUAGGGUUAAGGGGGUGUUUAAUUUAAACACUUUGGUUUAAAUAUUAUUGCUGGGAACUACAUUUAUAGGGCCUACAAAGUGUAGUCUUCUGUAUCAGGUUCUCCUAAAUGUAAUUAAGUAUUUGGAUGUCCUAAAUCCUUAUUUGACCGUUUCUUGUUUGAUUUUAACAUUAUUUGCAAAAAAAAAAACUUAGAUACUUAAAAUUUUUAGUAUUUUAGUAUAACUGUUCCAGAUGUAGAUUAUAUAGCAAACUUGAUUUAAUUGUACUUCAAUGUCUAUUGUAAGAUACCACAAACAACUGAAAAGAAAGAUAUAUUCUAGCUGUACAUUUUGCUGCUUUUACCCUAUAGAAUUGUACUUGCCUUAUGAAAUUCUUACAUACCUAUGAUUACGCAGGGGUGAAACGAAAAAAUAUAGAAUUUGUAAAAAAAAAAAAAAAAAAAAUACUUUUGCUCGUUUCAGAGCAAUAGAAAAUAUUUUCGUUUGUGGGUUUUUGUGUUUGUUAAUUUCAUUUAAUCUUCGUUUUUAUGUGUCAAUCAAGGGGUGUCUGUAUUAUUUUCUAACACAAGUCCUCACAUAAAUACACUUUCCCUCUCUCUUUCUCUCUCUCUCUCUCUCUCUCUCAUGCACAUUCACCUUGCUUUCUUUCUAUAGAGAUUUCUAUGGAUAAACUUGCACUAUGUUUAAAAAAAAUCACGCUUCCAUUACAUUACUGGUUUGUAUUUGAAAUCAGUAUAAAGUUAAUUAUUUUAACUGGCACUCUAGGUGACAAGUGAAAAUAUUAUAGGCUAGUGUUUUAUGAUGUUUCCGUUCUCACCGAUCUUAAGCAGAUCCUAGUCUAAGCAAAAGUUUCAUGCAAGGAUAUCCAUAUACCUGAUAUUGACAGCAUGCGUACUAAAGGAUUAGCAAAAGGCACUGAAGCACGUUUUUCACACGCUUAGAUCUUUAACUCCACUGGGUUCCUAUACAACAUUGCGAAAGAAAACACUUCUCCCCUACUGAAUACGGUGUCACUAUAUAAAAUAAUCCAUUCACUUCUUCCAGACAUACCUUUGGUGUAGUAACAUUAAAUUUGGUUUGUCUUUUUUUUUUUUCUUGAAGUCCUCAUGUCCAUGUACAUAGAAGUUAUAUUUAAAAUGAUGUAGUUAUUAUUUCUUUUAAUAUAUAUAUAAAUAUAUAUAUAUAUAGCAUGUAAUUAAUGAAUAAAUCUGUUUGAAAUGUAUUUCUUGGUUUGAAAUGUUUUUGAAAAAGCAGGUACAGUCCUUACAAUCUUGUGGGAUGAAUAAAGGAUUUAUGAUGGGAUUUUCAAGAAAA